AUGGAGAAAGCUUCUGGCGAUAACCCCCCGUCCUACGAUCAGAUCGAUGAGCAACCUGGGGCGGACAUUCCGCCUUUGAAUCUCUCGUCGAGCGCUGGGCCGGCCGUCUAUACUACGGUCACUCAAGAUGAGUGCAUUGCCCAUCUAAAAUUUUUGGCUGCCCUUGCCGACCUACGUGACUCGAUCGCUGGCAUCAAGGAUCUAUUCUGUAUCCAUGACCCCAAUCCAAGCGUGUUCGAGCAAGUGAUCGACGAGGCGCGGGCGCGAGUGAAAGAGAAACGAUGGGCUGUGUAUACAGCCCGAGCCGUCGAGCGCUAUACAGUCUGGUGGAAGACAUGCGUUGCGAAAACCCAUCCAACAAUCUCAGUCAAAGACUUUGAGAGCAAGAGCUAUAACACUAUUACUGAGAACCAUCAACGGCUCGGGUGGUCCCCGGAAACACUACCUCCUCUUGACGUACUAAUGGUCUGGCAUGCCCAUAUGUUGAACCCUAGAUCUUUUCUCGAAGAUUGCCUUCGGGAUGGAAAAAUGAGUUUCUGGGCCACCGGCUUUCCCUGGAAAGCCAUCAAUGCCUGCAUCGGGAACAAGACCUUCGAAUACGACCCAGGUCUCAAAGCGAGAUCUACAUUCACAGCGAAGACAGGGUUUGCAUGGGACAACCUACACGACUCGUCGAGGGCGCUGGUGAAAUGCCCCUCCUGCACAGGCCGCGUGUCUGUUUAUUGGACUGACGGAGUAGUUACCGGACCAGUGGGCCAGAUGUUCGAAGAUUGGAAGGGGUUCGCGGACAAAGGUUUUAGGGAAACAUGUCCGCAAUGCGGCUAUGAAAUUGACCACGAAAAAUUGAGGGUUGAAAAGUUCAGACAGGAUAUAACCAACCUAGUCAAACUGGAUAUGCCUAUGCCCGGCACGCUAUUCAACAAUCGAGGCCAUCCGGAGUCCCCCAAGAAUUCAACAAACAGGCGUGAAACUCAGUGGUGCUUCCCCAAUCGCCUAGUCAAAGCCGUCAGUGAUGAACUGCUAUGGUACACCAAUGCCAGUUCGAGGCAGUGCAUUUCUGUAGGAGCUCUGCGAAACAAGCUCGUAUCCAGGCUCCUCGACAAAAAGGUCAUGCGUGAUAGCAACAGCCAUCGCCUCCUGCUGCCAAUCGAGAAGAUGGCCUUUCGCCGAAUGAUGUCCCGCUACUGGGACAAUCUCAGCCCAUUCGCCCUGGACCUGGUCGGGGCUGUCAUUCGACAGGGGACCUUCGUGCAGAAAAUGGACAACAUCGACUGGCUUCACUCGCCGACGGUCAAGGCCACCAUGGGCCGGCUGAUCAAGAAAUACCGCAUAUUCUUCCACAUCAUGGCAGCCAACCCACGACAUAUGGCAGUUCCCACCCUCGAUGUCGAUCUCGCCUGGCACACGCACCAACUCUCUCCGUCGAGAUACUAUACAUACUCUCUUCUCACUACCAACGAAGAGCGCCGGUACCCCGUCUUCAUCGACCACGAUGACAAGGUCGACGAGGAAAAGCUCUCGGAUGGCUUCGAAUGGACCAGCAAAAUGUACAAGAAGCUCACCGCUGGGGAAAUUUACAGCGAAUGUACCUGCUGGUACUGUGAAGCCAUUCGCGCCCCGGACAUGCGCGACGGACUGUUCGUCACCAGCGCUACAUCCAGGGCCCGCGAGGCGGCUGCCAAGCUGCACGAUCGACCCGAUAUCUCGUCUCAUCCGGACAAGAACCCCCAUAUCUCUACGCAUAAUGCCGUCCGACCCACGACAACGUCUCAAAGCGUCGAUGCCCGGCAUGUUAAGUACCUGAAGCUCCGCAGUAACUACGAAAAGGCCCGCCGUCGCGCUGAGAAACGGGAGUCCAAGGAUGGCAAGAAACGUGAGAACCGGGCGUCGGACGAUGGCCUUGCUUAUGUUCCCGUCGUCUGGGGCUUCCCGGUCAUGGUCCCAUACUACGCGCCGUAUGAAUGCGAUCCGGGCGUUCAUUCCGGCGCCUACGCCGCGGAUCCGAGCUGCAUGAACACCGUUCCGGGGGCGUAUGGGAACUGCGCGGCCGGAACAUGCGGGGGCGGAGUCGCGGCUGGGAGCUGCACUGCGGCAGAUGGCGGCAGCAGUGGUGGUUGCGGUAGUGGUGGUUGCGGUAGCGGAGGAGGUGGAGGAUGCGGCGGAGGUGGAGGUGGAGGAUGUGGUGGAGGUGGAGGGGGUUGUUAA